UUCGGCGUGUUGUUUUUUCGCGUGUUUCGGGCUCACGGAAGAUUUUCGGUCGCCGGAUGUCCGUUCGGUUGCUAAUGCCCGGUGCUGGCAGUAAAAAUGUGGUAAAUCGAACGUGCAGUUAAAGACAGGAGCCAUCCUAUGUGCCCUACAUGUGGAACUCGUCGCGGAAUUCGCACCAACGAAUCAGCCCGUCGUGUGUGCGAUUACGGCAUCCGGCAAUACUGCGAAUGGUUUCACAGGUGUAAUUUCCGUGUGUUCCCGUACCGGUGUUCGUCGUUCGAUGUCCUAAGGAUUGUUCCGAUCUCCGGUAUGCGCCAGGUACGGUCAAGUGUUCACCGCUGAAGGUCACAUUUUGGUUUUUCCUCUUGGAUUGCACUUGGGCAAUCGGAACGAAUGAAUGAGCAUGAACUCUCGAUGAAAUGAUAACAUCCGAAUAGACCCGAUGGCUGUGAUAGUACAUUAAACGACGCGAAAGAAACCACACGUGGACACAGAGUAGCCACUGCAUUCUACUGCUCCUAGAUUGCAUUUUCCCACGACCCCGCGGAAGACUGAAUCGGUGGACAUUGGCAGCGCAGAAACCAGAAACGUAUCGCAGCUCAAUGUCACAACAGGCGGUGGAAAGUGCUGGCAUGAAAAUUCCUAACUGCUCGAAACCGUUCGAGUGUUCAGAAUGCAACAAACUGUUCCGUCAGCUGAGCACACUGACCAACCACAUGAAAAUACACACCGGGGAAAAACCGUACAAGUGUACCAUUUGCCAGAAGGAAUUCCGCCAAACGACCACACUAUCGAAUCAUCUGAAAAUUCACACCGGCGAAAAGCCCUUUAACUGCAACUUUUGCAAUAAACAGUUCCGUCAGCUAAGCACCCUUUCGAACCACCAGAAAAUACACACCGGCGAAAAGCCGUUCGAAUGUUCCGUAUGCGGCAAACAGUUCCGGCAGUCCAGCACGCUCAACAGCCACAUCAGGAUUCAUUCGGACGAUAAAUUUUGCAUAAAACCCUUCAAAUGCAGCAUUUGUCCAAAGGAAUUCCGCCAGACGACGACACUAGCGAAUCAUAUAAAAAUCCACACAGGUGAAAAGCCAUACGCUUGCACGUACUGCAGCAAAACGUUCCGUCAAACUGGGACACUUUCGAACCAUCUGAAAAUUCAUACCGGCGAAAAACCGUUCGAGUGUGCGGUGUGCGGCAAACAGUUCCGUCAGUCCAGCACGCUGAACAGUCACAUUCGUAUUCAUGCUGAUGACAAGUAUUGCAAACCGAGCACAGCAACCAUGAGCACAACGGUCAACGGUGGACUUAAUUUGAAACUAGAAGACAUCAAACCAUUUUACACGCCAAUGUAAAUGAUUUCGAAGUAAGGAAGGUCGAUACAAAACGUCAAAAACUACUUCGUUUUCUGCGCUGGCCGUACCAGCGAUGUGCAAUGGGUUUCCUGCAGCCGAAUUUUCCUUCGUUUCUUAAGACCUACGCGUGUUGCCGGAGACACAGUCCUCGAGGCUAGCAGGGACGCAGGAGCUUACCGUUAAUAAAUUGUUGCAAUUUAAGUUAUAAUAACUUUAUCGAUGAACCACCACCCUUAAAAUCGAGACGAUACUUUGGUAGCUCACAUGAUCGGGAUACGCCUGUGUCCUUUCUGCGCUGGCCUGCUGCGGUUGCACCUAAUUUGAGGCAUUCUCCGAUUCGUUUAUUUGUUUUGGAUGGUUGAAAGGCAAUUUCAUAAUUUAUUACCGUUAAUAUCCGUACCCGAUAAUAAUCUUCGUUAUUCCUUUCCCGCACCUUCGUACCCGUUUUAAUGUUGUUAUUUAUUCUCUGAUCAACCAAAUGAGGAGCUUCAUUGCUGAUUUGCCGAAUAAAACCGAGGGGAGUUCUGCGUCACACCAAAACCCGGUGUCGAGCUUAGCAAGUGUACGUGGUUGCACUAUAAAUACAGACGCACAUACGGGAGCUAAAAAACUGGCGAACCCCGUGCGUGCGAGUGAACGCGUUUAUACGAGUGACUGUGUAACAAAUUGCACUUAUUACAUUGCAUUCAUUUUUCCCUUUCGCACGACCUUAUCGUUUUCCGUGUGUAUUCGAUUGUUAGGGUAUUGAUCGUAGCACAGGAAAGCAAAGGGAAGGACAGGUCCCGAUACACUACUGUAACCGCAAGAACUGGGUGUGAUUGUUGAACCUCAACAUAGAGAGAAUGAGAAUGAAGGCACGUGGAACAUUAUCCACGUCUCAAUAGAGGUACUAAGUAUUUGAAAUAAAAUAUAAAACAAUUAUAAAAUAACAGUAAGAUCCUCAAGAUGCAGCGACGUUUCAUCAAACGUCCCUUACAGUCAGCGGAAAGGUAAUGAGAUAAUGUUAAAAAGUCUUUAAAGUAAAAUAGUAAGCAAAUAUCUAUACACCGAAGAUAAUGCAUCGUUACAGGGCCAUAAACAUAAAUGUGGGACUAUUACAAUCUGUAUAAAAUGUGGCAAAUGCAGGAAGAGAGAAAAAAGGGAUCGUCAAAGAAACUUAUCGAACGCAGUGUUUAGUGAACCUGAUGUGAUGGAACGAAUCAUUAUGUAAUAAAAUGUAACAGAAGAAACCAUCUGUUUUAAA